AUGGAGGUGGCCGUUGGUGCGGCGAGCUGGCUCGUCGGCAAGGUGGUGACGCAGCUGUCCGAUAGCUUGGUGGAGGCCUACGUGGCCAGCACCGAGCUUGGCCUCAACAUGGAGCAGAUCAAGAGCGAUCUCAUGUUCACGCAAGGGCUGCUCCACGAGGCUCAGAUGAGGAGGGACGUGAGCAACCCUGGCCUGCCUGGGCUUUUGGAGAUUCUCAGCAAGAAGGCUGACGAGGCUGAGGACACGCUGGAUGAGCUCCAGUACUUCAUCAUCCAGGACCAAAUUCAUGGCACCCAUGAGGCCACCCCGGUGGUAGACAGCAGCAUACGUGGCCAGGCACUCCAUGGCCACCAUGUUCUUCACCGUACCGUUGGUAACUGCCUUUCAUGCUUUUCUUCUUCUUCUACACGAGAUGGUGCCGGUGACCAUGUUGGCAAGUUGACAUUCAAUCGAGUAGAUAUGUCAAAGAAAAUCAAAUCAAUAAUAGAAGGCAUAGAUGCCGCAUGUAACCAUGUAUCCAAUUUGCUCAAAAUUAUCCAUCCUACAGUAGGAAGGGUUCUAUCACUGAAGCGACCUCCCAGCAGCUCAACAAUUACACAGAAUGAAUUAUAUGGGCGGGAAGACAUCUUUAACCAGACUCUUGAUGACAUGUGCACCAUUCGUAGUGAAACACUAUCAGUUCUUCCCAUAGUUGGCCCUGGUGGAAUCGGAAAGACUACCUUUGCCCAACACCUAUACAACCACAAAAAAACAGUGGCGCACUUCUCUAAAAACAAGGCCUGGGUUUGUGUGUCUACUAAUUUUGAUGUGGUUAGGCUCACCCAGGAAAUCUUGAGUAGUGAAGCACAUAAAACAUCCAACUUGGAUCAGCUCCAAAAAUCCAUUGAAGAAAGACUGGAUCCUAAAAGAUUUUUACUUGUCUUGGAUGAUAUGUGGAAAUGCAACAGUGAGGCUGAAUGGGGAAGUCUACUAGCUCCAUUCAAAACAGGAGAAGCCAAAGGAAGUGUGGUUAUCGUCACAACUCGCUUUCCAUCUAUAGCACAAAUGAUAAAAACAACCAAGCCAAUAGAACUGCAAGGUCUAGAGGAUGAUGAAUUCUUGACAUUCUUUGAAGAAUGUAUAUUUGGAGAUGCGAACACGAAGUUCUUCCACCUCAAGGUUAAUGCGCGAAGGAGAAGGAAUACAAUCCAAAGAUUGAAAAAGGACAGUGGUUGGGCGGUGACGCACGGUGAAAAGGAAUCGACGAUUCAUGAUCACUUCGCAAGCUUCAUGGGGAGGCCAGGGCCGAGGCCAAACGAGCUAAACUGGGAGACGUUGGACAUCACACCGAUUGAUCUAGCCACGCUGGGGGAACCCUUCACUGAGGAGGAAGUGCAUAGGGCAAUUAAGGAAAUGCCAGCCGACAAAGCACCGGGACCAGACGGCUUCACUGGGGCCUUCUUCAAAGUUUGCUGGGAAAUCAUCAAGGAUGACAUUCUGCUAGUCUUCAGCUCCAUCUAUAACCUGAGAUGUGCGCACCUGAAUUUGCUCAACUCAGCAAACAUCGUCCUAAUCCCAAAAAAGGAUGGGGCUGAAAGCGUUUCGGACUAUAGGCCAAUUAGUCUAAUUCAUAGCAUCGCCAAGAUCUUCGCUAAGAUGCUAGCGCUGUGGUUAAGGCCCCACAUGCAUGAGUUGAUCUCGGUCAAUCAAAGCGCUUUCAUAAAGGGGAGAAGUAUUCAUGACAACUACCUCUUCGUAAGAAACAUGACCAGAAGAUACCACCGCCUAAGACGGGCAAUGUUGCUCUUCAAGUUGGAUAUAACAAAAGCCUUCGACUCUGUGCGAUGGGAUUACCUCCUAGCCUUGCUGCAGCGCAAGGGCUUCUCGACAAGAUGGAUAGACUGGCUAGGGGCUUUACUGUCGUCUUCGACAUCCCAAGUCCUCCUUAAUGGCUCGCCAGGGCAACGGAUCAAACAUGGAAGAGGACUACGGCAAGGGGACCCCCUCUCGCCGCUUCUCUUCAUCUUGGCGAUUGAUCCUCUACAGCGUAUCCUUUCCAAGGCAACAGAGCUGGGUGCAAUUUCAAAAUUACGAGGAAGAACAACUCGGCUGCAGAUCUCAAUGUAUGCGGAUGAUGCUGUGAUCUUCAUUAAUCCCACCCGGAACGAUGUUGCGACUUUCGCGAACAUCCUACAUCGUUUUGGCACAGCCACAGGACUCGUCACCAACCUUCAGAAAUCCCAGGUUGCGGCUAUAAGAUGCGGCAAUAUAGACCUGGAAGAGGUCCUCCAAGGCGUUCCGGCGAAGCGGGCAAAUUUCCCACUAAAAUACUUGGGCCUCCCGCUUGUUCUGGGAAGGCUGCGAAAAACGGACUUGCAACCGGUCUUUGACAAAAUAUCAGGGAGAGUUGCAAGUUGGAGGGGGAAAAACAUGGCAGUAGCCGGGAGAACCACGCUUGUAAAGUCUGUGCUUUCAGCGCAGCCAAUUUAUCUCCUCACUGCCUUGAAGGUGACGAAGGAAUCCCUGGAGCAGCUUGACAAGCAGAGACAUCGCUUCCUUUGGGCUGGUACGGGGGAUAUCACCGGGGGGAAAUGCAAGGUCAACUGGGCAAAGACAUGCUUGCCGACCAGCCAGGGGGGCCUUGGUGUCCUAAGCUUGGACAAGUUCACAAGAGCUCUGAGAUUGCGAUGGUUGUGGAACGAAUGGAGAGAUCCAAGCAAGCCUUGGGUGGGGGUUGUAUUUUCUCCUUCUAUAUUCAAUGAAAAAGCACUGCUGUGCUGUUUUUUCCGUUCAAAAAAAAUAUAUAUAUUUGGUCAAGACAAGCCUGCAUGUUAUGAAGAUGACUUCAUUGAUAUUGCAAGAAAAAUUUCCAAGAAAUUGAAGGGUUUUCCACUAGCAGCCAAAAGCGUUGGUCGAUUAUUGAAGAAUAACCUUUCUCAGGAAAGUUGGAUGGAAGUUCUUGAAAGAAAUGAGUGGAAAAAUCGGCAAGGUGACGAUGACAUAAUGCCAGCACUACAUAGUAGCUAUGAUUAUCUUCCAUUUUAUCUAAAAAAAUGUUUUUCUUGUUGUUCCCUUUACCCUAAGGACCACUGGUUUAAUAAAUUAGAGAUUACUCAUUUUUUGGAAGCAUUAGGCAUCCUAUGUUAUGGAUGUCAAAAUAACAAAGAUGCUGAUAUAGGAUUAAAGUAUUUGGAUGAACUGGUAGGUAAUGGUUUUCUCAUGAAGGAAGGUGAUGAUAGUAGGCCAUAUUAUGUAAUGCAUGACUUAUUACAUGAUCUAGCACAAAAUAUUUCGUCACAAGAGUGCAUCAACAUAAGUUCAUAUAGUUUUAGGUCUAAUAGCAUCCCGCAAUCUAUUAGACAUGUAUCCAUCACCUUACAAGAUAAGUAUGAGGAAAGUUUUGAGAGAGAAAUAGAAAAAUUCAAGAAAAAAAUAGACAUAGGAAAUUUACAGACAUUGAUGCUUUUUGGAGAAAGCAAUGCAAGCAUGGCCUUUUUCAAAGACUUAUUAAAACAAACAAAAUGUCUUCGUGUUCUGUUUAUGCAUGCAGACUCACUCGAAUCAUUCCCACACAACUUCUCGAAACUGAUCCACCUUCGAUAUCUAAAGUUGAAAAUACCUUAUAACGUAAAAUUGUCUCUACCAAACGCAGUAAGUAGAUUUUAUCACUUGAAACUUUUGGACCUAGGGAAUAGAAAUUGUAUUUUGCCAAAAGACAUUAAUCAUCUAGUCAAUUUAUGCCUCUUUCUUGCUUCGAAAGAACUUUGUUCCAACAUUCCUGGGAUUGGCAAGAUGAAGUAUUUGCGGAGGUUGGAAGAGUACCAUGUUAAGAAAGAGGGUAUUGGGUUUGAGCUGAGUGAGCUAGGGGAUUUGACAGAGCUUGGAGGUGAACUGAAAAUAUUUAAUCUUGAGAACGUGACAACAAGGGAAGAAGCUAAUGAAGCCAAGUUGAUGAUCAAAACAAAUCUGAAAACAUUGAAGCUAGUUUGGAGUGUGGUGCAACGGACAACACGAUCUGAUGUUCUUGACGGUCUCCAACCACCUCCUAAUCUUAAAACACUUGUCAUAAUAAACCAUGGUGGUUCGGUUGGUCCUAGUUGGUUGUGCAGUUAUAUUUGUGUAAAAUACUUGAAAUCAUUCCAUCUAGAGGGUGUCUGUUGGGGCAAUCUCCCACUUUUUGGUCAACUGGUGCAGCUAGAGGAACUUACUUUGAAGAGUAUUUCAGGCAUACAUCAGUUCGGACCUGAUUUUGGUGGUGUAACACAAAAAAGUAUCUCGCACUUGAAGAAAGUUGAACUUAUUAAUAUGCCAGACCUUGUGGAGUGGGUUGGGGGAGCUCAUUGCCAUUUGUUUUCGAAGAUUACAAGCAUCAAGUCAUUCAGAGAAAUAGAGAUGCACGCGCAACGCGCGGGCUAUCUUCCUAGUUGUCCUAAUUUCUCUUCGUUGCUGCGGCCAUCCUCGGAGUGCUCUGUCUCUCAUAUACAAGACAUAAACACCACAUGGUUUCCCAACUUGUGUGAUCUUGACAUUCGGAGUUGCCCCAAGUUGUCCCUGCCCCCCAUGCCUCAUACUUCCACGCUGACACGUGUUAGUGUGAGAAAAGGUGAUGAAACACUCUUGUAUUUUCGGGAAGAAGAGCUGACAGCAUACCAUUAUGAUGGUGCUUUGGCACUCCACAACCUGGGUAAAGUAAAAGCUAUGGAAAUUGUAGAUAUGCUGCAUUUUCCAUUGGCUGACCUCCAAAAUCUAAACUGCCUAACACGACAUUCUUUCGAGGAUUGCGAUAACAUUGACAAUACUGUUGUUCUCCAUUCAGUUCAGUCGCUCUAUCUCGAUGAUUGUCAUCUUACUGGAAAAUCAUUGACAAUGGUAUUAAGCAUUUUUCCGGCUCUUACCUACUUCAAUUUGAGAAUGUUUGGUGAAAAUCAUGACAUAGAGGAAAUAGUGCUGCAGGCCCCAAUAACCUGCUCAUUGUGCCAUAUGUCGAUAUCCUCCAGCAAGAACCUAGUUCUGCCAGUUGAGGACGGAGGAGGUCUGCAGGAACUCUCCUCACUCCAGUCACUCAGGAUUUCAGAUUGUGGCAGAAUGUUCUCUCGAUGGUGCAUGGUCGAUGCAGGAGCUCGUACCAGCAAGCCCCUCCCUUCUUCCCUCAGGGAGCUCAGUAUUUGUAGAGAGUCAAGCAUGCAGUCGAUGGCUCUGCUCUCAAACCUCACAUCUCUCACACAUCUUACACUAUUGGAAUGUGAAGACUUAACAGUAGAUGGAUUUGAUCCUCUCAUUACACUCAACCUCAAGGAAUUGGUGGUUUUAAAUAAUUGUUAUGAGAACAAUUAUUCUUGUUCCAUAGCAGCAGAUUUGCUCUCAGAAAUGACAAGGACCAAAGUAUUAUCUGCAGGUUCCUUACAACUGGAAGCACUUAAGGUGGACAAUAUCUCAGGAGUGCUUGUUCCCUCCAUUUGCAGCCUCCUUGCCGCCAACCUCCACAAGUUAAUUUUCAAAUCUGACUUGCAGAUGGAAAGCUUCGAUGAAGAACAAGAGCAUGCGCUUCAGCUCCUCACCUCCCUCAAGCAACUAUAUUUUGCCGACUGCCCAAGUCUGCUUUCCCUCCCCGAUGGGUUGCAUCACAUUUCUUCUCUCCAGAAAUUGCACAUAUAUAAUUGUCCUAAAAUUGGAUUCCUACCCAAGGAGGGCUUCCCCUCUUCAUUGAGAGAUCUAGUGUUAUCAGAGUGUAGCGUCGAUCUACAAGAUCAAUUGAAGAAAUUGGAGACAUCAAACCCAGAUUUAUUUGUACACCACAUGAGGUAA